AUGCCUCCCAACACAGAAAGAGCUAUUGAUCUAGUGCUCGAAUCCUCGAGCAACAAUAAUGAGCACCCUCCUCCACCUCCUCCACGUGCACCACCAAAGACGAUCAUUGUAGUGGGAUUGGGCAUGGUUGCUGUCUCAUUUAUGGAAAAGGUGAUUGAGUAUGCUGAAGACGACAUGUAUCGAAUCAAGGUGUUUUCUGAAGAGCCUGAAGUGGCCUAUAACCGUGUUGGAUUGACGCAAUACUUUACACAUCGCAGUGUGGAUCAACUAUUGAUGCAACCACGUUCAUGGUACGAAGAACAAGGCAUUGAGGUGCACCUUGGUGAUCCAGUGGAAGAGAUUGACACGUUGCACAAACGAGUGUUUUCCCGGGAGAGUGGUUGGACAUCGUACGACAUUUGUGUACUUGCGACAGGUUCAUCGGCGGCCCUUCCUCCCAAUGUUUCACUUGGCCCUGGCAUCUUUGUGUAUCGCACUCUUCAAGACUUGGAAGCUAUCAUUGCAUGGGCUUCACGUGAGAAUGUACAGCAUGCUGGUGUCGUGGGUGGUGGAUUGCUUGGAUUAGAAGCUGCCAAAGCUGCCAAGGAUCUUGGAUUAAAUGUCACCGUUUACGAACGUGCUAAUCGACUCAUGGCACGCCAACUGGAUGAUGAUGCAGCCAAAAUGUUACAACGUGAAAUUGAAAAGUUGGACAUUGAGACAUGUGUUGGUGAUUGUCCUGGCAUGUUCCAAAUGGAUGAUGAUCAAGAAGAACAAGCAUUGAAAGCAGUUGUUAUGGCUGAGAGCAAGGAGGUGCGACCCACAGAGAUGCUUAUUUACGCCAUCGGAAUCCGUCCACGUGAUCAAUUGGCCCAUGAUGGUUUACUACGUGCGUCUCGUGGUGGUUUCCAAGUCAAUGAACAACUGGAGACAACAGCUGAUAACGUGUAUGCAAUUGGCGAGUGUGCAUCCUUCAAUGACAUGAUCUAUGGCCUGGUAGCACCUGGAUACGACAUGGCUGAAGUCGUUGCUCGCAACAUUACGACGCGUCGACACGAUCCACGAAAGGCAACAUUCAAAGGCGCCGACAUGAGCACCAAAUUGAAGCUGCUGGGCAUCCAUGUGGCAAGCUUUGGCGAUUGCUUUGCAGCCGAUGACACCUGUCAGCCUCUGGUUUAUCGCGACCCCUUUAGUGGCGUAUACAAGAAAUACCUUUUCACAAAGGACGGCAAGAAGCUUCUUGGUGGCAUGAUGAUUGGUGAUACGAACGACUAUGCCAAGCUGCUGGGGAUGGUGAAAGCCGGCAAACGACUACAAACGCCUCCAUCCGAGCUUAUCCUCGGUAUCAAGGGCACCAAAGAAGAGCAACAUGGUGGUGCAGAUACGCUCCCAGAUGAUACACAAAUAUGCUCAUGCAACAACGUCACCAAGGGCACUAUUCGCAAGAUCAUUCGAUCCAAAAAGUGCGAGAACGUCAACCAAGUCAAAUGCUUUUCCAAAGCAGGCACUGGAUGUGGUGGAUGCAUGCCACAAGUUCAAGAGAUCUUUGAAGCAGAACUCAAGUCACUUGGUCAAACCAUCAGCAAUUCUUUAUGCAGCCAUUUCAAGUACAGCCGUGCCGAACUCUUUACUAUUGGCAAGGUCAAGCAAUUGAAGACAUUUGAGGACUUUAUUCAACAUGCUGGUGUAUCAGAAGCGAGUGUCAUGGGAUGCGAAGUCUGUAAGCCAGCCAUUGCCAGCAUUCUUGCCAGUCUAUGGAACGAGCACAUCCUCAAUCCCAAGUUACGCCCUCUGCAAGAUACAAACGACCGCUAUCUCGCCAAUAUCCAACGUGGAGGUCUAUACAGCAUCGUACCACGUAUCCCUGCAGGUGAAGUCACCCCUGCCAAGCUUGGUGUUAUUGCCGACAUCGCCAAGGAAUACGACUUGUAUACCAAAAUCACUGGUGCUCAACGAAUCGAUAUUAUGGGUGCAAGGAAACAAGACCUCCCUGAAAUUUGGGAAAAGCUCGUCGAUGCUGGCUUUGAAAGUGGUCAUGCUUAUGGAAAAUCAUUGCGAGCUGUCAAGAGUUGCGUGGGAACGGCUUGGUGUCGAUUUGGUCAACAAGACUCUGUUGGGUUUGCUAUCAAGCUUGAAAACAGAUACAAAGGAAUCCGAUCACCACACAAACUCAAGGGAGGUGUCUCUGGUUGUAUUCGUGAAUGUGCUGAAGCACAGGGCAAAGAUUUUGGCUGCAUUGCAACCGACAAGGGAUAUAAUGUCUAUGUGUGUGGCAAUGGUGGCUCAAAGCCGAAGCAUGCUGAACUAUUGGUGGCUGAUGUUACUGAAGAGCUCGCCAUCAAAUACUUGGAUCGGUUCCUCAUGUACUAUAUUAUGACUGCUGACAAGCUCACACGCACAGCUCGGUGGCUCGAGAAGCUUGAUGGUGGGAUACAGUAUCUACGCAAGGUUGUCGUUGAGGAUCAUCUCGGCAUUGCAGAUGAAUUGGAAGAGCAUAUGAAUCAUUUGAUUGGUGCGUAUCAAUGCGAGUGGACCACAGUUGUACGAGAUCCCGAACGCCGUAAACAUUUUCAGGAGUUUAUCAAUGGAUCAGACGCAACAACAACAGCAGCAGCAGAUACCGUGAUUGAAAUGGUGGAUGAGCGUGGUCAACGUCGACCUAUUGAUUGGCCCAAAGCCGAGCUCCCUUCUUUGCCAUCCCUAAAAAAGGAUAAGCUGGAUUGGCUCCAUGUUGGAUCAACCGAUUUGUUCCCUGAAGAUGAAGGCAAGGUCGUUCGCAUAGGCGAUGCACAAAUAGCUGUUUUCCAUACUGGCGGCAAGUGGUAUGCGACUCAAAACAUGUGCCCCCACAAGCGUGCAUUGGUGCUGGCAUCCGGUUUGCUUGGUGUCAAUGGAUCAAAAGAUACACCUUACGUUUCUUGUCCAAUGCACAAGAAAAACUUUGAUUUAGACUCGGGCAAUUGUAUGGUACCAGGCGAGGAGGAGAGGUAUCGGCUUGAAACGUUCAAAGUCAAGGUGGAAGAUGGCCAGGUGUAUCUACAAGUACCACCCACUGAUAUCCUCUCCAAUGUAUUGGGAUCCUCAAAAACAAUCAUCCAACGUAACGUCAUCAAACCCGAGAUCGUAUCGAUGCAAGAAACAUCCGUAUGUGGCACGUCAGGUGGAUGUGGUGACAAAUCAUUAGAGUGGUAG